CUCCGGCUCUGACGUUUGGAUUGGACCUGUUUGCCUUCCCCUGCAUGCCCGCUUUGGAGGGCCUGACUCAAGAGGGAACUGCAGGAGAUCACCUUUGAAGCCUCGGCGCUUGCUCCUUCUUGCCUGAGCGGUCAACCCGCGGACGGAACGUGCUGCGUGCCCCCUGCCUGGCCUCUCGGAAGGGGGAGGCUGCAUUGACGCCGAAUCGAGCCGUUGGCGGUCCUGGAUGAAUAAGGCUUCGAUGGCAAUUGCUCCCUACUCAGCCCCUAUGUGAAUCCCUUUGCCCGAGGAUCAGGCCUGCGGAGUGUACCUGCCAUGGCGAGCAACAGCAGCUCCUGCUCCACGCCGGGGAGCGGGCAUCUCAACAGCUACCCAGUCCCACACUAUGCGUUCUUCUUUCCACACAUGAUCGGGGGCCUUUCGCCUCCAGGAGCUCUGCCAGGGAUGCAACACCAGCUGCCGGUCAGCGGGUACAGCACACCAUCACCAGCCACCAUUGAAACGCAGAGUACCAGCUCGGAAGAGAUUGUGCCCAGCCCUCCUUCACCGCCCCCACUGCCGCGAAUCUACAAGCCCUGCUUUGUGUGCCAGGAUAAGUCUUCUGGCUAUCACUAUGGGGUCAGCGCCUGUGAAGGAUGCAAGGGCUUUUUCCGCCGCAGCAUCCAGAAGAACAUGGUGUACACCUGUCACCGUGACAAGAACUGCAUCAUCAACAAGGUGACGCGGAACCGCUGUCAAUACUGCCGCCUGCAGAAGUGCUUUGAAGUUGGCAUGUCCAAGGAGUCCGUCCGGAACGACAGGAACAAGAAGAAGAAAGACGCCCCCAAGCAGGAAUGUUCGGAGAGCUACAUCAUCACGCCUGAGGUGGAGGACCUCAUAGAGAAAGUGCGCAAAGCCCACCAGGAGACCUUCCCUGCCCUCUGCCAGCUGGGCAAGUACACCACGAACAACAGUUCGGAUCAGCGGGUCUCUCUCGACAUCGACCUGUGGGACAAGUUCAGUGAGUUGUCCACAAAGUGUAUCAUCAAGACAGUCGAAUUCGCCAAGCAGUUGCCGGGCUUCACCACACUCACCAUCGCCGACCAGAUCACGCUCCUGAAAGCCGCCUGUCUAGACAUCCUGAUCCUACGGAUAUGCACGCGCUACACCCCAGAGCAGGACACCAUGACGUUCUCGGACGGCCUGACGCUCAACCGCACUCAGAUGCACAAUGCAGGCUUCGGGCCCCUCACAGACCUGGUCUUCGCCUUCGCCAACCAGCUGCUGCCACUCGAGAUGGAUGACGCUGAAACAGGGCUCCUCAGCGCUAUCUGCCUCAUAUGCGGGGAUCGGCAAGACCUGGAGCAGCCGGACCGCGUCGACAAGUUGCAGGAGCCGCUGUUGGAAGCCCUGAAAAUCUACGUGAGGAAGAGGAGGCCUAGCAAGCCCCACAUGUUCCCCAAGAUGCUGAUGAAGAUCACGGACCUGAGAAGCAUCAGCGCAAAGGGUGCCGAAAGAGUGAUCACGCUGAAGAUGGAGAUCCCUGGAUCGAUGCCGCCGCUGAUCCAGGAGAUGCUGGAGAACUCGGAAGGCAUGGACACUUUGGGGGCCUCGGGAGGAGCCCCGUCGCGCAUAGGAAGCCUCGCCCCCCCUCCAGGAAGCUGCAGCCCCAGCCUCUCCCCCAGUUCCAACAGAAGCAGUCCUGCCACGCAUUCGCCGUGACCGCACCAGCCACCAGGACAAGCUGCUUGACCCCCACCCUCCCGACUGCCUGCUGCACACUUUGGUCUUUUGCUCCCUGGGGCCUGCCUG